GUUUGGUUUGGUUUGAAGAAAAAUUCUAAAAAUGUAAACAUGGGUAGUGCAUCAGAUACAUAAUUUUAAGGCCCCCAGUAUCUUUGGGUUACUGUACAAUGCGGAGUGUGUAGAAAGGGUAAAGAUUCCUGCGGUUGGGGGCGGAAACCCGAGUCCCGCACCCACAUUAACCUUCUGAAAGAUUUGUGGGUAUGGAUUUGGCAAUCUCCAGGAGCUAAAAGCCGUACUGCAGAAAUCGCCCCUUAAAAAGGUUUUUGGAGUCUUCAGAUGGAUUUUAAGAUUGAACAUACUUGGGAUGGUUUUCCAGUGAAGCAUGAGCCAGUGUGUCUCAGGCUGAACCCAGGUGAUGGAGGAGUGAUGAUGGAAGUAAGUGCUCCAUUUUUCAAUGAGCCUCCAGCCCCACUUGGAGAACCAGGAAAGCCUUUCAGUGAACUGUGGGAUUAUGAAGUUGUAGAAGCAUUUUUUUUGAAUGACAUAACUGAGCAGUAUUUAGAAGUUGAACUUUGCCCCCAUGGACAGCAUUUGGUGCUUUUACUCUCUGGAAGAAGAAAUGUAUGGAAACAAGAACUUCCUCUAUCAUUCAAAGUGUCCAGAGGAGAGAAAAAAUGGGACGGCAAAGCAUAUCUUCCUUGGAGUUAUUUUCCACCAAAUGUGACAAAAUUCAACUCAUUUGCAAUUCAUGGAUCAAAAGAUAAAAGAAGUUAUGAAGCUCUUUACCCUAUACCUCAGCAUGAACUGCAGCAAGGACAAAAUCCUGAUUUCCAUCGUCUGGAAUACUUCAGGCCUUUCAGUUUUAACACAUUUCUUGGAGAAGAAUGGAAGCAGCCAGAAUCAGACCUGUGGCUAAUAGAGAAACCUGAUGUUUCUGGGGACAGAAGAUAAUGAAUACAAUUAAUCUGAUGUUUUCAAAAGAAAAACAAAAAGUAACUCGCAAUUAUAGUAAACCCUCAGCACUCCUACACGUGACUCCAAGCCCAAGGGUGAUCUCCUCUUUCACAUUCAAGUUGCGCUUUCAAAAAUGAAGGCAAUCCUGAUUCUAACACUUAUUGCAGCAUGCUGUGGAGGCCCUGUAUGCCACUCUUUACCUAAAAGGACUGGAAUUUUCCAAAGUAACCAAGAAAGAAAACAAUUACUGGCUGGAAGAGGAGAGUUGGAAUAUAGAAUCACCAAAGCAUGGGCUAGUGUCCCAGUGAUGCACAGGCCUGUAACUGUCAGAUUUAAACCUGGGACUCAAGGCUUGAUAAUGGAAGUGAGUGCUCCUUUCUUUGAUGACCCCCCAGCACCACCAGGAGCGGCCGGGCAACCUUUCAGUGGACUCUGGGAGUAUAAAGGUGAGAGAUUUUCCCUUUCAAGUGCCAGAGCUGAGAUGAAUGAGGUGCUCACAUUAUGAUAAAUGCCAGCACUUUCUUACAAUAUUGAUUGCCCUUCUCAGUUUCCAAGUACCUUGUGCUACUCAACCUGAGUGUCUGGAAGUUGCAUGACAGGGAAAGGUGGGGUCAAAAAUCCUGUGAUCUAGAAUUCAGAUUUUGAAAACUUUUAAGUGGAGUGGGCAGUUUAUAUCUUUUAGGCAUUUAAAAAAAUAUCUUUGAAACAAUAUUAAUUAGAAAUUCAUAAUGAAAUGUUUGUUCAAGUAAUCAAUAUAGAUGUUUGUUUUAUUUCAGGUAUUGAGUGGUAUUUAUAAAGCAUGCAUCAUUGGAUUUAAAUUGACAAUGUUCUCUAAGUUCUAGAAACUAAAUUUAAAUGGAAGCUUUUUAUUUUACAGUAGUAUUCUGACACUUAUUUCUAAAAAUUAGCUAUAUGCUUUGAAUAAAGAUUUUAUGUCUAAAUAUUUUAUGUUUUUUGUAUUUUAUAGAUUUCAUUAAAUGAUUUAGGGAAAAUAAGGUGACCUUUUCUAGGAAUCAUAGCAUAUUGGAACUCAGCCUGCAUCAAUCUGUAGGGGAUCUUAUAGUUCAGCUGCCUUAUACAUAUGUGUGUCUACAGUUGAGGUCUAUUGAUUCUAAUAUAUACUGUUAUUCUGUUAACAAAUUUAAUUCCUUAAGUUACUAUAAUUUAAUCGUUAGAAAUUCUUUCUCCAGAAUCUCUCAUGAAACCAUAUUUACAACUUCCAUGUGAACCUGAAAAUCUGAAUAUUCUUUCUUUAACCCAAGCUUUAUAUACCUAAUCCUGAAGUCCUUCUUCUACAAGGUCACUUUUAUUUUUGACUUUCCUGUUUCUAUUAAGCUAUUCGCCAAGUUACUACUUGAGAUAAUGGUAUCAUAAUUGAUCUCUUCCUUUUUCUUUCCCCACAAAGCAGAUAUCAAAUCAUGUUGUUUCUUCUUUGGGAAUGUCCCUUGAAUUUCUUCCUUCAUUUCUUCCCCGAGGACAUUUCUUACUUCCUGAGGACUGGCUAGACCAUUAACAUAUGUGUUCAAAUGGUGUUCCUGUUGAUCCUGUGUAUGGCAUGAACAAUGACCUGGCUAUUUGUCCUAAAACACCACUUUGAUUAUUGUAAGAAAGGGAUAAGUUUAUUUUUCACAUAGAGACAGCAUGGAAUAAGGGAAAUGGAGGCAAAACCAGUUUAAACAAGCCCCGUGAUAAAGAGAAGAAUCUGCCAGCC